UAAGGUUACCUUGAAGCCCCCGAGCUCAGCUUUCUGACCCACACCCGUGACACACCGGCCACUCGCCGGGGCCUCCCGCUGUCCACCGCCGCCUCGCGUUCCUCCCCCUUGCACCCCGAUCCUCCUUUCCCCCAACAAACCCCUCCGUCCGUGAAGAUGAGAAGCAAAGCUCACUGAAUUUACCCCCGGCCGUGACAACAGGUGCUUUCUUCUACUUUUUCUUUUUUUUUUUUUGGGGGGGGAGGGUAAAAAUAGGCCCACCCCGCCGUCUUGGAAGAGCCUGUUCCAGCGGGGGCCAGCGCCUCGGUCAGCAGUCGCCCGGGAUCGGUGCCCAAGUCCCACUGGCAUAGUGAACCUCCCUGCAGAGCAGCACUGGCAGCAUGACGGAGACGGCAAUGGAAGGUGGAUGGCGAUCGUCGACCACCACUACCACCGUCAUUGACAGCAAGAAUGGCGACGUGGUGCAGCUGCCAGCCAGGUCCCCGAAGAAGACCGUGACUGAUAACCUGUACACCACCUUCAGCUCGCCCCUGGCCUGGAUCCUGGUCCUGGCCCUCAUCAUCACCUGGUCGGCUGUGGCCGUCAUCAUGUUCGACCUGCUGGAUCAGAAGCAGCUCACGGGAAACAUUCACCACAUGGGCUCUGAUCCCAUGAAAUCCGUCGGCAAGGCGGUGGAGGAAUCCACCAGCUGGGCCAACGGCGUCCUGGCCUUCAUCACUGACCUCCUGUCUCCCGAUGAAGAUGAAGGUGACCUGGCGCAUGCAGUGAAGAAAAAAGGGGAAUUUCUUCCAUCCAAGAAGAAAGCGCUCCCACAAGCCAAAGAGACAAAAGAGAGGAAAGGAAAAGAAGUGAAAGUGGAGUCCCAGAGAGCAGAGAGGCGGAAGUCAAAAACAAUGAAGCGGGAAUUAAAAGAGGAAAAGUCUGCAAGAAAGGAAAGGAAAGCCGAGAGGAGGGAGAAGCCAGUGGACAGGGCCAAGGCUGGGCCCAGGCAGGAAAGAGCGAGGAGAACUAAAGAGAAAAAGGCUGCUGUGAAACCAAAGGAAGACAAAAAAGAGGAGCCCAGGAAAAAGCCAACCAGAAAGUCAAAGGAGCUAAAGAGAGAAGGUGAAAGUGUGAAGAAGAAGGCAGCUCUGGACAGAAGGAGGGCAGCUAGAUCUGAAGAAAAAGCUGUGAAGAAAAGGCAACCAGCCAAGCCUGUAACUGCAAAAGCCACAAAGGCUAAAAAGAAACAAACUGUGAGGAAAAAACCUGAAGAUAAGAAGAAACCAAUAACAGAAACAUCUAAAAAGAAAGGUGAUGAUAAGAGGAUAUCCAAAGUCAAAAAGACGCCAGAUAAAAAAGGAAAAGCUGAAGUCCCUAAGAGAACACGUGAUAGAAAAGAGGAGAAGGCUCACGUGGAAACGUCUAGAAAGAAAGAACUUGUAAAGAAAGAAAAAACAACCUCAAAACAGCCUAGUCGUCUGGGCAAAGCAAAGGCAAAAGAAACUGGACCUCCAAAGACAUCACGUGAAAAACCUGCUAAAAAGACUCGUACUGAAACAUCCAAAACCAAAGAACCAGAAAUACACAAGAAGGUGCAUGAGGAAAAGCCUGCGACGGAAACGAUAGCGUUACCGAAAAAGGAAGAACAUGAGGCCUCCGAAGAAGUGAAAGCAGAGCAGAAAAUGGAGAUUUUAGAACCAGAAGUUCAUGAAAAAACUACGUUAGGUGAAACUACACCGGAAGAGCCAGAGGUUCGAAAGGAAGCGCAGACGGAACUGAGGAAGGAGGAAGAUGUAGUCACAAAGGUACCCAUAGAACUGCCAGAAGUGAAAGAAGCAGCUGUUGAUGAAAAAAUCCAUGUGGAACCACCCAAAAUAGAAGCAGAGCUUCUCCAGAAAGAAGCUGUAGAAGAACCUAAACAGGAAGAACUGGUGGUUAAUCAAAUCGAAGAUGCCGUACCGCCUGAAAAACCAGAAUUGACUGCUGAAAAAACGCAGGAAGAGGUUAAAGAAACAGUUGUUCUUUCAAAGGAGGCCCCACUGGGAGCAGCGGUUUCUGGCGAAGCACAUACUGCAGAAGGUUACAAAGUGGAAGAGAAAGUUGAACAGGAACCUGGAGGAGCUCCCGCUGAGGCCCGCGCUGCAGUGGAACCCAAAGCCACAGAGAAAGCUGAAGCAGAGCCGAGAGGGCCAGAGUCUCCUGCAGUGCCACAUAUCACACUGGAAGCUGCUGAGAAAGUGAAAACUGAAACUGAAGAAUCAAAAGAAACUGCGGAAGAGACAGAAACACAGGUCCUUGAAGCUAAUCAAACGGCACCUGUGCAGAUACCCAAAGCAGAAGCUGCCCCAUGCAGACCAAUGCCAGUGUACUGCCCUGCCCCUCCAGGUUGGUACGUGCAUCACAUUGUGACAGACAAUCCAUUUCCACCUACUCCAAUGACAGUUUCUGAAGUUCCUGUUUUGACAAGCCACCCACUGCACCCAGCACUGCACCCAGCACUGCACCCAGCAGCCCCAGUUGCAGAGCCCGAGGCCCCCGGAGAGAUGGAAAAGUCACCCCCAUCCUUUAAAAAAGAAGCCGUGGUUCGGAAGGAGAAGCCCAAACCCCGUCACGUUAGGAAAGAAGCAGAGAAGGAGAUUCCGAAGGAAAGGCCCAGGGUGGUUCCCUCAAGAAGAGGUCUGCAUGUUCCGGAGGAGAAGUCCACCAAGCCAGUGAAGACAGAAAAACCAAAGUCUGUACUGAGAAAAGAGCCAGAAGCUAAGAAGCCAUCCAGAGCAGAAGAGAAGCCAAAGGAUUUCAAACGUCCAGUGACUGAUGUGAAAGAGAAGCGCUUCCGUGCUCCCAAGACACCCCUUCCAUCAAAAGCUUCCCCCCCACAUCCAAAGGCUGCAACAGUCUUAGGAAAGGCUUCGCAGUCCGAGAAGGAAUCCCUGAAGGAGGCGAAAGAGAAAGUCGGGAAGACUGAGAAACCCGCAAAAGCAGAGCCUUUGGGGCAGGACAAGGCCAAGCUUGAACCCGGCAAGAUGCCCUACUUCCAGUGCGUGCUCCUGAGCUCCCAAAGUUCUGCGUACCCCUUGCGGCCUCAGAGCCCAGCCCAGAACCCAAGAGCCAAACCCAUGAGGGCCAGAGCGGCAGGUGUCUAGGACAGCGCCACCUACAUGCCGGGUUUGUAUUUGGCAGCCUGUGUCUCGCUGUGAUGGCUGGGGUCUCUCUUUGAAUCCAUCGCCAUAAUCCAGCUGGGACACCGGCGUUUUGCAGGAUGUUGACCAAUAACAGAGGACGACCAGGGGGGGCGGGGCUAAAUGGCUCAGGCUUUUCCUUUGUGUGUUUUUUCAUUUUCUUGACCAGCCGAAUGUCUGUGGCUGACAGGCCGCAGGGAUGAGCAGGCUUUCUCUACAGUGCUGUUUGGGUGUCCACCCCCCCGUUUCGGUGGUUUUUAAAAUGUCGCAAAAACACCGCGAUACGUCAUAUUCAGAGACACCUCAGGUGACAUCACUCAGACAUGAUCUUACAUGGUUCAAUCUUAAGGUUUAAUGGAAAAAAAGAAUAUAGAAUAUAGAAAACAGUCCUAAAUAUAUAUAUAUAUAUACGAUACAUAAAAUGUUAUAUAUUGUCCACCUUUACAUGUAUAUAACACAUAUUGUAUAUAAGAUUUAGUGAUUAUAAUACGUAGGGCAUUGACUAUUCUAAGACAGUUCAUCCAAAUAUGCCUCAAAAUGAACAUUAUCUAUUAUGGCACAUUGAUUUCCUUGCUAAUUCAGGGCUGUUCUGCACGGUGCAUUUACUGACAAGCAGGCAUGGCAGUACCAGUAUAUCAAGGGUGUAGAUUUGGGUAUGGAUGGUAGAGACGCAUCCCUCGCCGAUAAUGUGGGAGGACUGUGUGUGUUUAGGGGGGUGGGGGUGGGGGGUCGGGACUGAUUUGGACCCCAUCUGUGUUGAAUCCAAAUCUACACCCUUGUAUAGUCGCAAGUUUUAUUUAUUGUUUUGUAAAUGUAAAUAUAAAAAUUGCCACUUGAAGUAUGGCCCAGCCUUGUCACGCUUGCGCCGAAAAGACCUUGUCCAUCUUUUCUCGUUUACUGCCUCCGUUGAUGUAUCCCUGAGCUAUGCAUCUGUUAUUUUGUGCCAUGGGUAAUUCCCAAAAUUCUGAUUCAUGGUCUUUCAUACGCUAAAUGCUUUAAAGGAAAAAAAAAAACACUUAAAAUUCAUGAUUUGCACAUCUUUGCACCAUGGAAAAUAAAGGCAUUUUUGUGAAGGCUUUUUUGUUUUGUUUGAUAUGGAGUUCAGUGUGCUGUCAGUGAUUAUUGAGAAGCAAUGAGGAACGGUUUGCUGUUGCGCUCAUGCUUCAUGAUUAACUUGAAGAGUCUUUAGGCGACAGACGGAAGCGUUUGCCGUUGACCGCAUGUUAUCCGUGGCAUGGCAGUAUUUUAAUUUCCCGUUGCUAAACGCCUGGACUACUUGACAGGUGGCCGCAGGCUGCAGAAAGAAGCAUUUCUUUUCCCUCACUUUUAAAAUAAUAAUAAUAAGAUGUCAUAAUCAAACAAGGAAUGCAGCUCAAAGUGCUUCACAUAUGAGAUUUAGAUUAAACCAAAAACAUAGAAGCAAUUAACAUAUAGGACAAUGAAAUUAUAUGAAUAAAUCAAAGUAAAAUGAAUAAGCGAGAGUAAAUGAAAAAUGAAAUAAACAAACAAAUAAAAUACAAUAAAAUUUAAAGGCAUGAAAAGGAUAACGUUAUAAAAGUAUAAGCUACUAAAUUAAAUAAUAUUGUAUUUUAUGAAUAUAGCAACAAAACGGUGCUAUAGAAAGAAAUAACAGGUAAAAAAGAUCGACAAUCUUGUAAGCGGGAAAACUGCCAGAUUCAAGUUCAACAAAUUCAGACCUGCCUUUGGCUUGAAGCCUGUAGUGAGAGCUCCCCACCAGAUGUGGCGCUGUUUGCGUGCAACUCCACCUUGAGUCACAACUGAUGCCGUUUGAUGUCUCCGUGAGGAACAGUGGGGAGAGAAAGACGCUGUGACAGGCCGACCGAGCCGCUGCUCCUGGGCAUCGUGUACGUCUGCGCUGUCGGCUCUAGCUAGCAGCUAGAUGGCCGGCACCCUCUGUUUUUACAUGUGAUAAAUGUGUAAUGAAUAAUGAAUGAAUAUGCGAAUAAAGGGUGCUGUCAAUUAAUAUUUCCACGAUGCUCUUUUUUAUAAGUGGAAAAUAAUUUUUACAGAGACUACACAUGCUUAACUGCAUGGUGGUAUGAGUUACUGUCAUGGGAAGCAAAAAGAAAAACAGAUAUUUUUUAACUGCCUUGUACAGUAAAAAAAGAAAAACAAAAAAAAAACUCAGAGACAUUAAAAC